CUUUCUUCUAGGUUAUUGGCUUACAUGGGGGUGCACUACUUGGUGUGGCCUAUCGAACAUCUCGAAGAAUCAACCCUAUUGCAGCAACGGCUAUUUCCGCAAUUCAGUCCAUGCCCUUGUCAGAUGCAGCACCUCAAAACUUUCAGCUGUACAGCUGGGAAACUUUUGAACCCGUUGGUAGUAUGCUUCCUCAGCCAGAAUGGACUGCUUGGGAUGAAACUGUUGAGUAUUGUGCUUUUGCAUAUCCGCAGUAUGUUGUUAUUUCUUCUUUGCGACCUCAAUAUAGGUACCUUGGCAAUGUUGCAAUUCCUGAAGCUACUGGAGCAUUUUGGCACCGGAGACAGCUAUUCGUUGUAACCCCUACUACAAUAGAAUGUGUGUUUGUGGAUGCUGGGGUAACCGCUGUUGAUAUUGAAACAAGAAAAAUGAAAGAAGAAAUGAAACUGAAAGUAGCACAGGCUAGAGCAGUUGCUAAGCAUGGAGAGUUAGCACUAAUCACUGUCGAAGUUCCCCAAUCUACUUCCCAAGAUAGAAUCGCAUUGAGGCCCCCAAUGCUACAGGUGGUUCGGUUAGCUUCUUUCCAGAAUUCUCCUUCUGUGCCACCAUUCUUGACAUUGCCAAAGAUGUCUAAAGUUGAUGGGGAUGACUCUUCAAUGCCAAAGGAGUUGGAGGAGAGACGAGUUAAUGAGAUCGCUGUUGGUGGUGGGGGUGUGUCAGUGGCAGUUACUCGUUUUCCUGUAGAGCAGAAGCGGCCAGUAGGACCACUGGUUAUCAUGGGUGUAAGAGAUGGAGUUCUUUGGCUUGUUGAUAGGUACAUGACUGCUCAUCCCUUAUCGCUAAGCCAUCCUGGUAUUCGUUGCCGGUGUCUUGCUGCUUAUGGAGAUGCUGUGAGUGCAGUAAAAUGGGCAAGUAGGCUUGGGAGAGAACAUCAUGAUGACUUGGCACAAUUUAUGCUUGGAAUGGGCUAUGCUACUGAAGCACUUCAUUUACCAGGAAUAUCUAAGAGGUUGGAGUUUGAUCUGGCCAUGCAAAGUAAUGAUUUGAAAAGAGCUCUCCAGUGCCUUCUUACAAUGAGCAACAGCAGGGGCAUAGGGCAGGACAGUCUUACCCUCGACUUGAGUGACAUUAUGAAUUUAACAGCUAAGAAAGAAAAUGUUGUGGAGGGUGUUCAAGGAAUAGUGAAAUUUGCAAAGGAGUUUUUGGACCUGAUUGAUGCCGCUGAUGCUACUGGACUAGCUGAUAUUGCACGUGAAGCUCUAAAGAGGUUAGCUGCUGCAGGUUCUGUGAAAGGAGCUUUACAAGGUCAUGAGAUAAGGGGACUUGCUUUGCGCCUUGCAAAUCAUGGAGAGUUAACACGGCUCAGUAAUUUGGUAAACAACUUGAUCUCGGUAGGGCUAGGACGUGAAGCAGCAUUUUCAGCUGCAGUUUUGGGAGACAAUGCCCUGAUGGAGAAGGCGUGGCAGGACACUGGAAUGCUUGCUGAGGCCGUUCUUCAUGCCCAUGCUCACGGUCGACCGACACUGAAGAACGUGGUUCAAGCUUGGAAUAUAAUGCUACAAAAGGAGGUUGAGCACACUCUGUUAACAAAGACAGAUGCUGCUGCUGCAUUUAUGGCUUCCCUUGAGGAACCCAAGCUCACAAGUCUAGCAGAAGCUGAGAGGAAACCACCAAUUGAAAUUCUUCCCCCAGGAAUGCCAUCUCUUUCUGCUUCAACUAUUACUGUCCAGAAAAAGCCCCUCUCUGUUGUGCAGACUCAACAACAGCAAGCAGGCAAGCCAUUGCAAUUAGAAGCACCUGCGGAUCCUACACUAGCACCAGGCAGCUCACCGGCUAUUGCAGCAGAAACCGAAACUGCACCUUAUGGCCAGCCUGAAUCUGCACCUUCUAAUGCAAAACCGGUCACUGAAAGUGCGCAUUCUGCUGCAAACCCGGAUGUUGCAGGUGCAUCCGUUACCAAUACGCCAGCAGUAGAAAUUGCGACAGACGCACCCGAAACAAAUGAGGGUGCUGCAAGUGAGCCUGUUGUAGGUAAUAGACCUGUUUUAUCAUCAGGGAGUAACUCUAAACUGGUUGCUUCGGGAGGAAAUACACAAGCGUCGUCUGAGUGAUACAGCAUCAACUGACGUACCCCCAUCAGUUCAAACCCUAAACCGCAAAAUCCCACAAUCCCAAAAUUCCCUAAACCCCAUAGCCCCCAAAACCGCAUAACCCUAAAAUCUCAUGAGCUGCACAAUAAGUUGUACCGUUGGGUGACAAUUAUGUGCGAUCCGAAUGUUGGAAUUUGUUCGACUAAGAUAAAACCAAUUCGAGUUUUGUCAAUUACAUCCAAUCUGAAUUAGUGUUCGGACAUGUAAAUAAUUUGUAAACAUGUGAUAUUGUCGAACCUAAAACUGACUCGAAACCAAUUUUUUUUGCCAU